AUGUCGCAUGAAAGUGUCUGGAACUCUCGUCCUCGGACGUACGGCAAGGGCUCUCGCAGCUGCCGUGUCUGCAAGCACACCGCCGGUCUCAUCCGCAAGUACGACCUCAACCUGUGCCGUCAGUGCUUCCGUGAGAAGGCCAAGGACAUCGGCUUCAACAAGUUCCGCUAA